AUGAGGAAAGAAGAUAGUGCUUGAUGCCGGAACUAUAUAUAAACAAACAAGAACUUUUUCGGAAACACAACAAUGAAAUUGAAAAAGUUACAUAAUAAAAAUGAAAAGUAAUUAAUAUUAUAUGUAUUGCACUGUAAUUAAGAUGUGCAUGUUUGUUUACUACAAGUUGGCUGGUGACAGGCUCCGUGGCAGUGGGUUGCAUCACCACUCGGCUUCAACAUGCUACUCUCUAUGUUCAAAGAUAAUAUACCAGCUGUGGAAAAAUAUAUGGAGGUAGCUAAGAGUUUAGAAAGUGUAGAUGGAUGUAAUAUAAAAAGAAGGAUAUUUAGUUCAUUGACCAGUGCACAUCCUGCUUUAGAUUCAUCACAAUUUAAAGAUAUUGAGAAGGCGGACUUUAAAAAAAAUGACAACGCUUUCACAGUAUAUUUGAACAGAUAUGGACCAUUGAGAUAUCAUGAGUAUUCUUCAAAAACUGAAUUCAUAUUUACUAGUGUCUGCACAUUUCAGAGCACCUGGCCAUCGGAGCCUAACACUGGUUUCAUGAAGUUGUACAACUCAUUUAAUUACACACAAGACGUCAACUAUGAUGGUAAACUCUUAGAGUUGCCUCUCCAGACUGAAGGUUUCAAGUUGGUGUUAGUAUUACCCAAUGAAAGUGCUAUAAUGAAGGAUUUAUUCUUAACAUUGUCUGAUUACGGCCUUGCGGCAGCCAUCAAAAGCAUACAGCCGCUAUUUACUGGGAAGAUGGAACUUAUAAUGCCUUUUAGUAUUGAUGUCACAUCUAGAAUAGAACUAGAAAAUACAAAGCACGGCUCGCCGAUACAAUAUGGUACUAUAGCCGUAUCAGACAAAGGCGCGCAUGUCAUGGUACUUACUUGCUUGUAUUCACCUGCGGGCGCAGUGUCAAGCAACGAGGCUGUGACGCCACUACAAGCCAGCGAGCCGCGGCCGCCGCCGCCAUUUUAUUUCGCAAUAGUUUACAACGACACGCCCAUAUUCUACGGAGAUUUUAGUAAACCUAUAAUACGCGCAUCGCUAUUGAAGAUUAAGAAAUCUAAAGACAGAUAGUGUAGUUGAUUUGUAGAUUUGGAAUCAGCUGUUAUGAAGACCUAUCUUUGGAGUAAAUAAGUGUUUUUUAUUUGUUAUACAUGUUUUUAUAAAAUGUACAUUGUUCAUAUUCAAAUUGAACUUGUAUAGUUUCUGGGUGGUCCCAGAAAUUAUUAUAGGCGCACCACAAUAUUAUACCUAUGUAUAUGAUUAUGUUUUGUUAUUUUUUUUAUUAAAGUGAGUUGUGCAUAAUUUUUUUCUUAUCCA